AUGCCGGCGGACUCACACCGACCCAUCCGCCCAAUAUCAACCGAAAUUCACCCUCUCCUCUCCUCCCCUUCAUCUUCCACCAACACGCAAUCCCAGAUUGGUCAAGCUUCAAGCUCACUUUGGACGGCUCUUACUUCAUCAAUCAGGAAUCAUAGUAAGGCGGGAGAUCUACAGAGGCUAGGUGUGGCUGUAGAAUGGCCAGAAGAUAGGAGAUUGGGUAAAGGUAAACAGAGAAGUCUAGUGGUCUGGGUAGAAAAGUUAGGAAUUGAGGAAGAUUCGAAUGAGAAGAGAUUACACGUUCAUCCAUCUUUACUUCCUCCAUUCUCCAUUACACCCCUACCAGCUUUAGUCUACCUACACGAACCAUUCGAGCUUUCCUUAGCUAUCUUACAGUCCGUUCUAGAAUAUCCGGAUGAUCUUCAGAUCAAUCAGGACGAUAUAGACUUAUCCUCGCUCUAUGGUAACACCUCCAAUCAAAUCAACCAGAAUCAAGGUCCGACCAACAACCAUCAUUCUUACCCACCUAUAAUCCGUGAAAAUGAAUUCUUACCAUUCUCAACAAAAUUACGUGUAAUCCUCUCCGAACCUGUAUCUCAAGGUGUAAUGACUCCAUCAACUCGCGUAAUCUUAUCAAAUGAACCAUAUAUCCUAUCUCAGCAAGAUGAUGUAGAGCUAGAUGGAUACGAGGUAGAAUCAAGUUAUUCGAAAACCCAUUUAAGUCUUGACAAUUUCGAUCCUGAUACCUUCCUGUCUUCGGACUUAUCACUCUCCCUCUCACUACCUUCUAGGAUUGAUGGAGUUGCGAUCGAAGAUGAGAUGGUUCAUUCGAUAUCGUCAAGUACAUCAGGAAGUCUCACACCCCGUCCGGGUGAUAGACCGAUCUCACCGCCUACUGCGCUGGAUGAACUGGUAGCGGAGGAAGUGGAGAGGGGAACGAAAUUCAGCGCUCUGAUGGCUCAGGGUGGGGAUGACGGAGUAUGCUGGAUGGGAGUGGGGGGACUGGGUAGAGCCGGGAUAUUCGAAGGUGAUUGGGUAUACCUAAAACCGACAAAUGAAGGAGAAUCUAGCUCGAUUAACUCUUCGAAACAAGGUAGAUUGGUGAAAGCUUUAGCGUGGGAGAGACUAGACGAAUACGAUGAAGAUCUACCGUUCAAUCCCAUUCUUCUCUCUCCGUCACUCCACCGUUCCCUACUACCGUUAUCCACCAGCGAUGGAAGUAUAACCGUCCAGCCUACAUCUUUCGGCGCUCGAUCUCCAACUCUGCCAACCGCCAAAACCCUUACUCUGGCUCGUAUAGCUACAGCCGAAGGUACAGAUAAGCGAUACGAAAGAUCAUGGCUGAAAGGUCUUAAAUCAUACUUCUCGACCAAAAACAAGAGGCAAUCGAAGGAAAAGUCCAAAGAUGAGGCUGAUGGUAUAUUAGUGAAGACGGGGGAUAUAAUUUCGAUUCCUGUAUGUAUAUCAAAACCCUUAGGCGACAAUGAAAACAUCAAAGAAGAAGAAGACGACGACGAGGAGAAUGAUGAUAAUUGGAAUAGUAGAAAACCCGUUGCGAGCGGUGUAGUGUAUUUCACGAUCACCGGUUUAUCUUAUGAUCCACUUGUUCCCCCCGAAGAGGAUUUUCGAUCAACUCUGUCGUCUAAAGCUAGAGCGGGCGAGUUGGGCUGCUGGUUCAACGAGAGUACGAAGAUGGUUUUGACUGGAGUGGAGAAGGAGAGAGUGCGAAAUAGGGAUGGUGAUUUGUCAUGGCACGGUUUAAAUCCAGCACCACCACCGUUUUCCUCCUUGGGCUUUGGGAAAUUACGCGAUCUACUGAAAACUCCCUUUGUACAUCCCUCGUUAUCGGCUCUUGUCCAGCUUUCGAUAUUGGUUAAAGGGGCGAGAGGGAGUGGGAAAAGAAGUUUAAUCAAGAAUGUAGCUGAUGAGUUAGGAUAUAAUAUUGUCAAUGUCGAAUGUUACGAUAUAAUUGGAGAUUCACCUUCAGUAACUUCUGGCAGUCUCUUAGCAAGAUUGGAAAAAGCCAAAUUGUGUUCACCAUCUUUAUUAGUUUUGAAUCAUAUCGAAGCUCUGGCCAAGAAAAGUGAAAGUAACACACUUGGACGAUCGCCUCCCAUAGUCAAGGUCUUGGAGGAAAUCAUUCAAUCCGCUAAAGAAGGUUCAACGGAUUGGCCAGUGGUCGUAGUUGGUAUGACGGUGGAUGUGGAUGGUAUACCCAACGAAGUGUUAGGAUGCUUCAAGCAGGAUGUAGAAAUACGAGCGCCAAACGAAUCUGAAAGAUUUAAAAUUAUCUCUCACAUCUUAUCGUCUCACAGCUUAUCACCUGAUGUAGAUUUGAAAGACCUAGCUAGACAGACAGCUGCAUUGCUAGUAGGAGAUAUCGAAGCCCUCUUACGUAGAUCAUACGAUCUAUCCCUCAAACGAAUCGAUACCUCAAAGUCGCUCUCAAUAGGACCUGUCAAAUCUGCAACUUUAGCCGGUUUGAACAUCUCGUCGAAAGAUCUAAACGAAGCGAUUAACGAAGCUAGGAAUUCGUACUCUGAUAGUAUUGGUGCGCCGAAGAUACCCAAUGUCACGUGGGAUGAUGUAGGUGGAUUGGCUAGUAUCAAGAAAGAUAUUCUAGAUACUGUUCAAUUGCCUUUGGAGAGAGGUGAUUUGUUUGAUGAUGGUUUGAAGAAGAGGUCUGGUAUUCUUCUGAAAUUCACUCUGGACCCAAGUCUGAAAUUGGAAGAGGUGGCAGAUGGAUUGGAGUAUAAUUUGACGGGAGCGGAUUUGUACGCUCUUUGUUCGGAUGCUAUGCUUGGUGCGAUGACUAGGACCGCGGAGAAGGUGGAUCAAGAGGUGGACAGAUUGAAUAAAAUUCACAAUGGCAAUGGGAUUGAUCAAUUGGAUGUUGAUACGAAAAAACCUUGGAAAGGUGAAUUGUCUGUACAAUAUUAUUUAUCAAAGCUCGCCAACCCAUCGGAGAUUCAAGUGAAAGUCGGUUUAGAAGAUUUCCAAGGAGCGUUGAAGAAAUUGGUUCCUAGUGUGAGCAAAGAUGAGAUGGAUCAUUAUGAGAGGGUACAAAGGCAAUUUAAAAGUUUCAACUUGUUGAACACACAGGAGAAGGAGAAGGAAGAUGUAAACGAACAAGGUAGGAAAGGGAAGGGGAAAGGAAAAGCUAAGCUAGUUGAUGGAGAUGAAGAAUCACUGUCCUGA